AUGACAGCCACUGCAUUAUGUCUCGACAAUAUCUGGCAAGUGCUUAUCUUCAUAUGUGCUAGAUUCAAGCUUUUAGUAGCUAGGUCAAACAAACAGACGGUAAAGAAAUCAACCCAUUUAAAUGAAAUCAUAAAUAUCAACUGGAACGAUGAUUCUACGAAUAAUGAGACCUGCCUGUUUGCGGCCGUAAGAAAUGCUCUGCCCGGUGUGGUUGAUACUGUAAUUUCGCUAGGAGCUGAUGUAAACCACAAAAAUAGCGUUGGAGAGACUGCCUUGCACAUUGCCACACAGGGUGGAAAGGCUGAAAUAAUUGAAAGGCUAGUUUCUGCGGGUGCGAGUGUGGAGCCGGGAGAUACCUACGAGGGCAAGUCACCUCCACAUUUGGCAGCCUCUAGCGGACACGUAGGUGCCGUGUUCGCAAUACUAGGUCACGGUGCAAAUCCCAGCAAACCCGAGCGAAUGCACGGCCGCACCCCCCUGCACGAAGUAGUGCGUAAGAGAAAGAAGCUCGUACCAGAGAAAGUCACUCGUGGCAUGCCCAGUCGAACAUCCUCUACUUCACAACUCGAGACCACAAGCGAAAAUUUUGGAAGCAAUUCUAGUAUAAACAGCAUCGCUUCGAGUAUAUCUGGUUGCCAUGACGACGAUGUGUGGGCGCAGUGUGCGCGUGCGUUGAAACAACAUGGCGCUGACUUAUAUGCAAAGGAUAUCGAGGGCAAAACACCUUUGCACUAUGCUAAGGAGGGUUUUGGCGAGGCUAAAAAAGCUGGGAGAAAGAAAUUCUGGCAUGAUCUCCUGACAAUAUUGUGUCCCGCUAAUGAAACGGAAGUUGGUAACAAGAAAGAGAGCAACUUCACAAUAAAUGAGAAGGAUAGUGCGUACCUAUCAACGAGCGUGGCUACUGCGAAGUAA